AUGCCGCUCACCACCCCUCUCCCCGAGGAGUGGGACUUUGACACGGACGAAAUCGCCUCCAUCGCGUCCGAGGACCUGCAUGCCCAUAGGCCGAACCGGUGGACGGGAGCAAAAUCGACAUGGAGAGAACUGACCCUGGAGGAGCGAAGGCUGUGGCGGUCCCUGGAGAGUCUCUCCGAGGACGACUUGGCCGCGAAUCUGUACCGCGUCUUCCUUUUGAAAGACCAGGCCAAGAAUCCAAAGGCACCAUCGCUUGUCACGGUCAGACCGGAUACCAAGCAGGGCGUUGCGCGCGCUCCGCCAGACUCUUGGACUGCAUGGCCGCUGCCAAGGCGACACGUCGCGCGUGGCCGACCGUCCAAGCAGCGGAGGGGCGGAGAAGAUGCGUUGGAGGCUCGCGGGGCGCAGGCCAGGAUGCCUGGCGACGAGCUGCGCGACCAGCUCUCGGCGACGAUUCUCCGUCUGGCCAAGCAACGGUUUCGGAAGCGGAUGGUCAAGGGAGGCCUGCGGAACGCAGGCGCGGGGACCUCGUGCAACCCGUCCUCCGAGCCAGCCGCCAAACUUGAAUUAGAGUCUUUUCUGCCAUCCUCGGCGCCGGAGGAGAGCGCGUUGCCGGAUGACGAUGCCGACGUUUCAGCCAAGGACCGCGAGCGAGCCUCGAAGAGCGCAGCGCCCGGCGACAACCCUGUCUCUGGCCAAGAUGACGAAGAGGAAACGAACCCCAAAGAAGGUGACACGGGGCAGUACUACGAACCGCGCGUGUCGACCGACGACGACAUUUCAUACAGGCUCCUUCGACCGGCCGUCAACCACGUCCUCGCGCAGCUGAACAGGACGCUCACCAUCCUCCACAACGCGCGCGUCGCGUGCCUGGGCAACAUCCCGUGGCGCGGAGCCAAACCUCGGCAGCGGCGCAAAGCAGCGCCAGAGCCUGGCGUCUCUCGCACCAAGGGCAAGCGAGAACGGCCCCGGAAAGCCCACCCCACGCCGCAGCAGCUGGGGGAAGCGCACGACGAGAUGCCGGCGCAGCUUGCCGGCAGAUCCCGCAAGCGACGUGCUCCCACAGCCGAGGCCGAGAACGCCGAGUUUGAGGGCGACGCCAGGAAAAAGCGGGAGCUCGAGCAGAGCCCCGUGCCCCGAAGCCGGCCGUGCCGGGCCUCGUCCGCGAUGCCGUCGCCACGACCGUCCCGGCGGCCCCGGCGGCCCCGGCGGCCCCGUCGGUCCAGAGCCAAGAGCACGUAUGCGAAAUGGGGUCGCCGCGACUGGAGCGACGUCGUGGGCGCUGCCGCUCUCGCGGGCUUCUCAGAGGACGUUGUCGCGAGGACCGCGAAGCGAUGCGCCAACCUCUUCGGCCAAGGCAUGAUUACGCGACAGUUCCCAGAGCGCCCCUCGAACAAGCCAGGCUUCGUCGACACCGAGUACCUCCCCGAACGGAUCUGCCUGCCCUCCUCGGAAGACGAGGCCGCCGAGGCCUUGGAGGGCGCGAUCACCGUGUACCAGAGGCGCCUCAUGGCCCUCUGCCGCUCCGCCACCGCGUCCCCCUCGCGAUCAUCCCAGCGCUCGCGGUCCGCCUCCUCGACGAGGCUCUUCUUCUGCCCGGUGAAAACGUGCCGCAACGGGGCCAACGGCUUCACGAGGAAGUCCAACCUGCACCGCCAUAUCCGCAACUUCCACCCAGGCUUCUCGGGCAAGAUCAGCGACGACGACUCGGACCACGACUUUGUAGGCGCGGUGCACGUCGAUGGCUUCCUCAGGCCGCUUGUCCUGGGGAGAGGCCCCGCGGCCGCGGGCCCGUCGGGCCGCAAGAGAAAGCGCGUUGAUGCCUCGAGGGCAAGGGGCUCGGACGACCAGUCGGACGGAUAG